AUGGAUCUUCACAAUGUGUUCGAGGACACUCCUGGGGAUGCAUUCGGGACGGAUCGCCCUCCCGCGGGCGUUCCUCUUCGCUCUACAGCGAGGGUGGUUGAAACCGCACAGCAUUCCCUCGGCCACCAAGAUGUACCUCUUCCUCUCAUUGUGAUGUGGGAAAGAGGAAUGUGGCUCGCGAACCCAAAUGGUGGACUCUCAUGGGUCCUCCUGGCAUGCUUUGUUCUCUACAACUGCUGCCAGCUCCUUCGCCACCUCCGUAAAGGUGUCCUGGGGAUGGAGACCACUACAACAGUGGCUAGGCUGUCGGAAGCUGCGUCAAGGGCCAAGGAAGCUUUGGAUGCUCCUACAGCCCCUUUGCUCGCCCAUGAACUUGCCCCCGACAUGGAGACGAAGGAGGGCGAAAGCCAAGACACUGGGCCAGUUGUGGAAGCAGGUGUGGAAGCAGCUCCCCAAGAGGAACCGCCUUCUGCUUCUUCGCCUCCGUGCCAGGAGCCUGUGGUGGAGAACGUAACAGAGGAGCCCAAGGAUAGGGCUCCGGAUCUUACAGCUGUUGAAGUCGAGGCUUUGCGAGAACUCAAAGAAAGCUUGCAGGAUGUCAAGAUGUGGGUGGAAGACUCGGCACACUCGGCUGCGUCGAGGAACAAGGAACACCUUACCGAAGCUCUUGCAGAACUUCGACGCAUCUUGGACAGCAGCAUCUACUCUCAACCGCGCCUUGAAGCUGCAAUGCGAGACGCUUUCGGACCACUGCAGGCCACCUUGACUCCCUCGCUCAACGGGCUCAAGAGUACUUUGGGUCCCUACCCGGAGCACGGGGCUGACAUCCGUUCUCUUCGCGAUGUCACUUUGGCCGUGGAGGACUUUGCUUCGAAGGCCUUGAAAGCAGUUGAAGACACGGCUUGGGACCAGAAUGGCCGACUCAAUGCCAUCGGCACCCAAGUCGGCACGGUGGGGUCGGACCUACAAAAAGGACUUCAGCAUGCACACCGGAAGCUGGACUCCAUACACAGUGCCUUGGGCACCCGGCCUGGGCACAGCUCGGAUGGUGGGGGCAGCACAGAUGUUACCACCAUCCUUGUGGCGGUCAAGGAUCUCCAGACAGAGAUGAAGGCCCUGAACCAGAACAUGGAGCAGCUCCAAACCAAGGUGCAAUAUGUGGAAGGACGAAUGGAGACGGCCCUUACAAAGUUGGUUGUGGUGGAACAGUCCACUAACAAGCUAGCGGCGGCAAGACCCAAGGCUCCGCCACCGAACGUGCCGGCGCCGACCUUGCCUACGGAGGAAGCGCCGCUUCCCCCACCAACGCAGCCACCGGGGCAAUGGCAGCCCCCGGCAACGAUGCCAACGGGGCCCCUGGCGAACACCCCGACUCGCCCGACCUCGAUACCGGCGCCUUCAGUACGACUGGCGCCGCACGUUCAACUGCUGCAAACUGGGACUCCAGGAGCUCAGACUCAUGUUGGGCUUCCUAUGCCAGCACCGGUGCCCCAAGUCACGCAGCCGAUCACCCAAUUGCAGCAGCAAGUUCCUUCGGCAGUUCAAGGAGGAGGAGGAGUAAGCGGCACCCAAAACGGCGAGAUGGUGAACUUAGUCUGGAACGGACAGAUUUUUCCUGUUCCCGCGGCAGCUGUUCACCAAGGAUGA